AUGCCCCCCAAGGCUCGACCACCAUCAGCAUCCGUUGCAGACAACAGCAUGACCCCACUUACUGCGAAGAUCUCAGCGAUUAUUACCGCGACCAGCGAUGCCAUGUUUUUGCGCCUCCGCUUGCCCGACGGUGGUGCUGCCUGGCACCAGACCGAAACCGAGUUGAUCUUGAAAGAUCAACGAGGCCAACCCUUGGUCUGCAACCUCACAGCCUAUGGCCUGCUCAUGGCGGACGACGUGCUCACACGAGAUUACACGUACCACAUCCAUGGUCCGGUAGGUGUAGAUCCCGAUAGCGGAGCCUUCAUCAAACACAGCUACAUCACGCAGAGUUUGGUGGCCACCGUCAAGCCUCAAGAAGCCCAUAUAGCGGGGAAAGCCUGGAUCUCUUCAACCGGCAAGGUUAUUCAAGUUGCUUGGGAUAAUGUCAGUGAAGAAGGUGAAUGGCACCUUACUGUUCAAGCAGAACAUGAAAUAUUUGACCCGGAAAAGAGAACCACUUUACAUUUCGCAAUAACUUAUUGCUUUGGACACUUUUCUCCUGAGUUGUCCGAGAUGGACAACAUCCAAGUGAACACCGUGAUGCGCUUCGAAGGGUUGGUAACGUCCAAACACCCGGAGUCUAAUGAACUCAUUGUUCAAGUUCUCAGUCAUGGUUUCGUCGUGGUCUAA